AUGAUCGCUCCUGUUCCCACUUCUCUGUGGGCCUUUAUUUUAUUUCUUGUUGCUUUCGCGUCAGACGAACCUCGGGUCGUUGUCAUGCGUGAUCUCUUCGGAGCCGAUGGCGAUGAUCGAAGCGCAAGUUCAGUCAACCCGGUUCCCUCGGCAAAGCGGAGUGGCAUGCAGCUCGGUGCACGCGGCGGUGCUGGUGCAGUGGAUCAAUUUGUCGAUCGUCUGAAAGCCGAAGGCGAAGCUGUGAGUGACGACUUGACCGCCUUAUUGGACAAGCCUGCGAGCACACUUGCGGGUAAAUCCACUGGCGUUAGGUCUCGACCUGAUCACAAACCGGAGAAAAAAGAGGACCUGCAUCUCCGAAUCGAAGAGAAACUCACCAUUCAAGUGGGACGCGACGGGGGCCUGGAGCAUUUGGAACUUCAAGGUAUUAUGCAUGCGUUGGCACUUUCGUCAUCUACAAUCGAGGCGCGUGUCCGAGUGGACACUCUAGAGGCGCUGAGUCCUCGUAACGAGCAUCAACCGGCUGCUCAGUUGCAGACGCAUCCUAACAUGGACAAAAAAGUGUUUGUGUCUACAAGUUGGCUUCAAAUAAAAUCUGGUGGCAAGGCGCUCCCUGUUGAACAAGAAGUUGGCGUGUUACGGUGGCGACUUCAGACGCAGGAUGAAUCGGUUCUUUCGAUCACCUUUAAUUGCUGGCCCAAUGAAAUUCGUGGGGGAUUUGAGGUGAACAUUGAAUAUGAGUUACAGAAUACUGAACUGGAACUAUGCGAUGCCGUCGUGAACGUCCCAUUGCCCUCUGGUUCCAAAUCUCCUUCCGUAGGAAAUUACGAUGGCGAAUAUGAAGUGAAUGCAAAGAAAACGCAGUUGAGUUGGAUUUUGCCCUUGAUCAACGCCUCCAAUACAUCUGGUUCCAUUGAAUUCACGGUGGGCACUGAAUCGACGGCUACCGCGGACCAGUUCUUUCCGCUGACACUCAGUUUUAGCACGGAUAAAUCGUUUUGUGGUAUUCGGGUAACGGAAGCCACCAACUCCGAUGGCAAUCCAAUCCCAUUUUCUUCUGAGACACGGCUUUAUACGGAAAAAUUCGAGGUGGUCUAG